UGUAUAAUGACACGCUUGAUAGAGAAAUAAAAUUACCAAUGAUUUUCUUCUAAUUUUUGUCAAAUUCCAAAUCUUAAUAAGGAUUACGAUCUAACGUUUCUUUAGCAUUUUAUGAUUUUAAGAGAAGAAAAUUAUGUCGGUAUCUACUAGCUGAGCCACAAAACAUAUUCGGGUCGGGUUGUAUAAACGGGUAAGAAAACGACUGAGGAUAAAAUGGAGGUUAUGUUGCUCCUUUGAGGGUAUAAAGGUAAAUAUACAGUUUUUUACCCUUUGAACUGCUUUUACUUUGGCCAGUGUCUCUUCUUUCACGCCGCCCAUUUAAUUUUUUUUUUACCUUUUCCCGAAAUGGAACUUCUCGCCGGCGACUGUCGGAAACGAGUCGGCGACGACUUUGACGAAGAUGUUAACCCAUUCGAUGGCUCAGAUGGUGGCUGCGGGUGGAUGUACGGUAGCCGUCAAUCGGGAAACGACGACGCUUUGGCUACGCUCGCAGACUUGGCUUCGCCUCCUCAGAAAUUGAAACCUAUCAGGUGUGGCGUUAAGCUUCCGUCGGAGGAUCGACAUCCUCUUGAUAUUCUCGCCGGAACCCUAGAUAGGCUGCCGGAGAUGGGGUUUGGCUGCUUCGAAGCUCCUUUGGGAUCCAAGAUUGCUGACGUGGAGCAAAGUGGUCAAUUGACUCGUGGGUUUUCAAAGGAGGAUGAUGAUUCUCUUCCGCUUCAAAUGGAGUUUCAAGCUCGAAAUCGCAUCUCUUGGGAUGGUCUCUCUCUCAGCUCCUCUGUUGAUAGCGAUAGCGACUCUUCCUCGGACGUUCGCAAGACCGUCACUGGUAAAAGAAAGCGGGAAACAAGGGUAAAGCUGGAGCAUUUCUUGGAGAAGUUGGUGGGGAGUAUGAUGAAGCGGCAGGAGAAGAUGCAUAACCAGUUGAUUAAGGUGAUGGAGAAGAUGGAAGGGGAGAGAAUACGCCGUGAGGAAGCUUGGAGGCAACAGGAAAUCGAGAGGAUGAUACAGAAUGAAGAGGCGCGGAAGCAAGAGUUGGCACGCAGCUUGUCUCUCAUCUCUUUCAUCAGAAGUGUUAUUGGUGACGAGAUCGAGAUCCCUAAACACUUUGAAUUCCCGCAACCACUCCAGCAGAUUCUUCCCGAACAAUGUAAAGAAGAGAAAUGUGAAUCCGCUCAGACACAAAGAGAGAUAAAGUUUAGGUAUUCAAGCGGCAGUGGGAACAGCGGGAGAAGGUGGCCGCAAGAGGAAGUGCAGGCAUUGAUAAGUACGAGAAGCGAUGUGGAAGAAAAGACGGGGAUCAACAAGGGAGCGAUUUGGGAUGAGAUAUCAGAAAGAAUGAAGGAAAGAGGCUACGAAAGAUCUGCUAAAAAGUGUAAGGAGAAGUGGGAGAACAUGAACAAGUACUACAGGAGAGUAACGGAAGGUGGGGGGAAACAACCUGAGCACAGCAAGACUCGCUCAUACUUUGAGAAACUUGGAAAUUUUUACAAGACUAAUUCCUCGGGAGAGAGGGAAAAAUGAGUGAAAGAUUUUAAAUUAUAGGUGUUUUUGGCACGCAAAACGGGAGGAGAACUUGUAGAUGAUUUCUCGAGUUUAAUUUUUAUAUUUUGGUGUAGUUUGUUUUUAAUUUUUAAACUCGACGACUCUGUAUUUGUAGAAGGUUCGAAUAAAAAAGACAAAUACGUUGGGUGA